GCCGAGAUCGCGCCACCGCACCCCAGCCUGGGGACAGAGCGAGACUCCGUCUCAAAAAAAAAAAAAUUCGAGAGGGACGGUGUUCCGCCUGCCUGUCCCCGGAAGUGACGUUAAUGUCCGCCUCCCUGAGGAAGUGACGACAGGAGUGCCCUUGAGAGGCAGGGAGGGCUAAGCUGUGCAUCCCUCCGCUCGCGUUGCAGGGAGAUGGCUCAGCGACUUCUCCUAAGGAGGUUCCUGGCCUCCGUCAUCUCCGGGAAGCCCUCUCAGGGUCGGUGGCCACCCCUCACUUCCAGAACCCUGCAGACCCCACAAUGCAGUCCUGGUGGCCUGACUAUAACACCCAACCCAGGCCGAACAAUAUACACCACCAGGAUCUCCUUGACCACCUUUAAUAUCCAGGAUGGACCUGACUUUCAAGACCGAGUGGUCAACAGUGAGACACCAGUGGUUGUGGAUUUCCACGCACAGUGGUGUGGGCCCUGCAAGAUCCUGGGGCCGAGGUUAGAGAAGAUGGUGGCCAAGCAGCACGGGAAGGUGGUGAUGGCCAAGGUGGAUAUUGAUGACCACACAGACCUCGCCAUUGAGUAUGAGGUGUCAGCGGUGCCCACUGUACUGGCCAUGAAGAAUGGGGACGUGGUGGACAAGUUUGUGGGCAUCAAGGAUGAGGAUCAGUUGGAGGCCUUCCUGAAGAAGCUGAUUGGCUGACAAGCAGGGACGAGUCCUGGUUCCCUUGCCCGCGUGGGACCCCAGUAGAACUCAGCCCUUCCACGCCAGCCCUUCCUGCUGCCUCCCUCCUGUCUGGCCUCUGGGGCCUGUGCUUAGAGCCCAGGCUCCAGCCCUGAGUGCUUCUGAGCUGGCGGACUGCCCAGGGGCCAUCAGAGGAUGGUUGUGCUGCUGAUCCGGGGACUGCCGUCUUCCCUCCCACACGCAUUUCGUCCCUCCCUCUAGGGUCUGUGGCAGUUCUCCCAGGAUGCGUGGAGAGAGCCCGGGCCAGCCCACAGUGUUCCUGGUCAGGCAGCCACGCCUUGGUCCCCAUCUCUGGUCCCUUCCGAUCUGAAACCUCGUGCCUGGCUCAUCUCCACAUCUCCACCUGCGUUUCUCUUUCCUGCUGCUGUUUUGGAAAAAGAAAAAUGAAGCCCAAACUAGUGAGAA